ACGCUGAAGUAACAUACAAAUCGUUUGGGGCAUUUUGUGUACUUUGGACUAAGUUUGUACUUGGUCUCACAUUUCGUGUGUUUAAACAAUCCAACACCAAUUAUAUUUGCCUUCUAACUGGAUACGCGGAAGGAAUAUCUUAGCAGUGUGAAGGAAAAAAAAAUGACAGACUUCGAGUCAGAUGUUGUGGUUCUGGGGGCAGGAGUUUCUGGACUUGUCACCGCUAAAUGUCUAUUAGAAGAUGGCUUCAAGGUCUGCAUCAUAGAAAAGACUUCAGAUAUUGGCGGCCUGUGGACGUACCGAGAGAAGGAUUACGGUGUCAUGAAAUGUACACACAUAAAUGUCAGCAAAUAUAACUAUGCUUUUUCCGAUUUCCCAUUCCCUGAUGACGUACCGGACUAUCCUCACCACUCUGAUAUGGCCAAAUAUAUUAAGGAUUAUGCUAACAAAUUUCAACUACUUAAACUAAUUCAUUUUAAUACCAAAAUUAUCGGCGUUGACAAUACAGAUGGUAAAUGGGUUACCAGAUGUUGUAAGGUUGACGAAGAUGGUAAAGAAGAUUUUCAACAGAUGCUGAUUUUUACAAGCUCUUAUGUUGCUGUAGCCACAGGUCACCAUGCUAAGCCAAACUUUCCUUCAUUUGAAGGCGCAGAUACUUUUAGAGGAAAAACUCUUCAUGCUGUCAGCUAUAAAGAUCCUUCUUAUAAUGAUUGUGCUGGGCAAAGAGUUUUGAUUGUGGGUAUUGGGAAUUCAGCUGUGGAUGUUGCUGUUGACUGUGCUACAAUAGGAAGGUGCCCAGACGUGACAAUCAGCACAAGAUCCGGUGCUUGGGUGAUUCCUAACUAUAUCUUUGGUCUUGCAACUGACCUGUAUGCUUGUAGAUUUUUCUUCCUGUUUCCUCGGAGUAUAGCAAACUUUAUAAUGAGCCUUGUCAUCAUGCUAGUUAGUGGUAGCCCUUGGAGAUGGGGGUUAAAUCCUAAGAUGAAGCCACUCCAAACACAGCCAACUGUAAGCCCAACACUAAUACAUCAUAUUCAGAGAGGAAAUAUUAAAAUAAAACCUAAUAUUUUGAAUAUAAGAGGUAACACUGUAAAAUUUGUUGAUGGAACAUCAGCAAAAUAUGACAGAAUAGUCUACUGUACAGGUUACACCAUUGAUUUGCCAUUCCUAUCCAGCAGAGUCAUGGACAGUGUAUUGCAAUCUUCAUCCAAUAAAAUGCAGUUAUAUAAAAAUGUCUUUGCUCCAUACGUUGGUCACAGUCUUGCCUUUAUAGGAUUUGUUCAGCCAGCAUCUGGAGGUAUAAUUACAAUGUCUGAGAUGCAAGCAAGAUGGUUCUCUAAAUUAUGCAAAGGGGAAGUGAAACUACCAAACAGUGAUGAAAUGUCAGCAGACAUAGAAAAUGAGAAGAAAAUACAAAGUGGCAGAUGGUAUCAGACAGCAAGACAUACAUUACAAAAGGACCCAAUAGUGUAUAAUGAUGAGAUAGGGGAAAUAAUUGGUGCUAAGCCUAAAUUGUUUCAAAACCCUCUUCUAACAUGGAGAUUGAUAUUCAGCUCUGGUGGAGCAUCCCAGUGGAGGUUGAAUGGUCCCAACACAUGGCAAGAUGCAGCUAAACAGGUACGCAAAGUUCCAGUGCCAUUUCUAUGGAAUUUGACAGGUUACUUUGUGAUAUUUGGAUUUCUAGUUAUAGUUUCACUGUUUAUGAAAUGUUUGUGCUGUUGUUAAAGUCAAAAUUUUCGUUUUACUAAAAUUGGGUUGUAAUGGUUGUUUGAAAAAUUAAUAAUUUCUAAAUGUACUUACACCUUAUUUACACAUAACUAGACAGUAUUAAGAGAUGAAGCUAGUCAUGACAUAUUGAACAAGACAAAGUCUUGCUGCUCUUUGUGUUAAGUCUUUGUUCUGUAUCUUGUUUUAUUUGUUAGAUUUAUUUGUAAACUUGAAGCAAUUCUAAUAUAAAAUACAAAGGGAAAUGUCUUUUCUUUGUAAAUAUUUUUCACUUUUUAUUAAAUUUCUAUCCAAUUGAUACAUAUAUUAAAUACAUAAGAAAUACAUGUCUGUAGUUAAAUGCAAUGUUACUUUUAUGCCUCUGUAUAAAAUAUGAAUAUGUGUAAACAUAAUCUGAUGUUUGUUAUAAGGUUUUGUAAUUAAAAAAAAGUACAAAAGAAUUUAAACAAAAAAUUAUUAUUAUUAAUUCAAUACAUAAAUGAUUAUUAACAUGUUAAAACAUGGUGUAAUUUUUAACACUAUUAAUAUUUUUUUUUACCAUGAUUUCAGUAUUAAUUAUGUAUUUUUGUGUUCUAAAAAAAAAUUAAAAAAAAAAUAAUUAUAUAAAUAAAACUAUGUAAUACAAUCACAUUGUUCAAAAUUUGUGGGAUACUAGGAAUACAAAUUUAAAAAUUAAACUCAUCUUAGUUUUGAGAUUUAACUGGCUAUAGCAGAAAAUUUUAGCAAAGUAUUGAUAAUUCUAGUUAAAUGUGUCGCAAUGGCUUAAGCUUUUGGCUAACUAUCAAGGUGGCUAGAGUUUGAAACCCAACUUGGGCAGAAUUGUGUUUGCUGAGCGCCUAAAGGCAGCAUGGAAACCAUUCUCACAUUCUUCCAUUUAACCUCUCAAACCACUGAUCCACAAAAGAGAUUGGAUCAUAGUGCACUGAGCAUGCUAUAAGCAAUGGUUUGCCUGAAACAGAACAGCCAGGAAAACCAACGACUUAGCAGAGUUUGAGUCAUUGAUUAACAUGCAUGAGUAGAUUGACACAUGAAAUGCAUAGGGCAUAAUUAUCUUCUUUUUUGGUGUAACAUCUGCAAUCUAUAAGAUAAGCAUGAAAAAACUAU